GGGAGUAGCUAGAGCACUGGAAGAAAAUGGAGAAGGAAACACAUGACAAUGCAAUAAUUUGAAAUAUAAUAAUGAUGAACAAAUUCAUAAAAGUUGAACAAUGAAGAAAAGGGUGGCCAUCAUUGGGGCAGGAACAAGUGGCCUUCUUGCUUGCAAGUAUAUAGUGGAGAAGGGCUUUAAUCCAAUUGUUUUUGAAGCUGAAGAAAGCGUAGGAGGAUUAUGGAAGCAUACUGCAGAGUCCACCAAGCUCCAAAAUGCCAAAGAAACUUACCAAUUUUCAGAUUUCCCUUGGCCUUCUUCAGUUCAAGAAGUGUAUCCUAAUCACACUCAAGUGCUGAAGUAUCUUCAAUCCUAUGCUCAACAUUUUGGCAUCGUUCCUUACAUAAAAUUCAACUCCAAAGUCAUUAGUAUAGACUAUGUUGGAGAGUCUUAUGAAGAGAUGGAGUCAAGGGAUCUAUGGGGAGGAACAGGCAAGCCUUUUGGCUCUAGAGGGAAAUGGCACAUUAUAGUCCAAGACACCAAAAGUUGCUCAGAAGAGGAGCACCAAGUUGAGUUUGUGGUUCUCUGUAUUGGAAGAUUCAGUGGUCUCCCAAACAUACCCGAGUUCCCUCCAGAUCAAGGCCCGGAAGUAUUCAAUGGUAAGGUGAUCCAUUCCAUGGACUACUCUGAUAUGGACAAGGCCAGUGCUGCAGAAUUGAUUAGAAGAAAGAGAAUUGCAAUCGUUGGCUCACAGAAAUCUGCAAUUGACAUUGCAGGAGAAUGUUCAAAUGCAAAUGGAGUUGAGUACCCUUGCACAAUGAUUCAGAGGACUGCUCAUUGGUUUCUCCCCAGCGGCUCUUUGUGGGGAGUAAGCCUUGGUUUCUUGUACUUCAAUCGCUUUUCAGAGCUUUUGGUUCAUAAGCCUGGUGAAACUUUCCUACUUAAGUUUUUGGCAACCAUGCUUUCACCCUUGAGAUGGGGAGUCUCAAAAUUUGUUGAGAGCUAUCUUAGAUGGAAAUUCCCAUUGAAGAAAUAUGGAAUGAUACCUAAACACAGCUUUCUGGAAGGUUUCUCUUCAUGUCAGAUUGGAAUGCUGCCUGAAAAUUUUUAUGACAAAGUCGAAGAAGGAAGCAUCCUUUUGAAGAAAUCACAAAGUCUUAGCUUCUGUAAGGAGGGUCUGAUCAUUGAUGGAGAACCUCAGCCACUAAAAACAGAUCUUGUAAUCCUAGCCACUGGAUACAAGGGUGACCAAAAGCUGAAGAACAUGUUCAAAUCACACAUCUUCCAAAAACACAUUUUUGGUUCAGCAACCUCAAUAGUUCCUCUUUACAGACAGAUUAUUCAUCCUCGGAUUCCACAACUAGCAGUAAUAGGAUAUGCAGAGGGUUACUUCAAUCUGUGCAACUCGGAAAUCAGAUGUCAAUGGCUAACAUAUUUCCUUGAUGGGAAUCUUCAAUUGCCUUGUGUAAGAGACAUGGAUAAGGAUGUCAUGAUGUGGGAAAAGAACAUGAAGCAAUAUGCUGGGAGGAAUUUCAGGAGGUCAUGUAUUGGGAGCACUAACAUUUGGUACAAUGAUCAAAUGUGCAAAGACAUGGGAUGUAAGCAUAAAAGAAAGAAGGGGAUGUUUGCAGAGUAUUUUCAACCAUAUGGAUCAAUAGAUUAUGCAGGUCUCAUCAGUGAGGCAGGAACGAAGUUCAAGUAGCUGGAAAUAAUCUAAACAAAUUGUAAAAGAGAUAAAUGAGACUUAGCUCUACUAUUUUCUUUAUAAAAUCUCUAAUAUAAACUUUGGA